CAUUUACUUAUCAAAUAAAUCUUCAUAUAUCUCUCAUAAAUAUAUUCUUGCACAUACAUAUGGCUGAAAAUAAGCAAUCCCAAUUGAAUGGCUCAUACUAUGGCCCUUCAAUUCCUCCAAAUAAUAACCGUAGAAGAAGAAAUUGUUGUUGCCGCAUUUUCAACAUCUUUUGGAAGAUUCUACUAUCAAUCAUAACCCUAAUUGUUCUUUUAUUCAUCAUAUCCCUUAUCAUAGUUCAACCAAGACCCUUCAAAUUCUCUGUCACACAAGCAAGUCUCACACAAUUCAACUACACUAGUACAUUGUUACAUUACAAACUUGUACUAAAUUUCACUUCACAUAACCCAAACAAAAAGCUUGGAUUCUACUAUGACAAAGUUGAGGGCAAUGUGUUCUACCAAGGUUCUAGAUUCUCCACAAUUGAUGUCAUCACAUGGCUGAAUUCUUUCAGACAAGAUUCUAAGCACACGGAUAGGAUGAGUGGUGUGUUCAAGGGUACAAAAGUUUUGGUUCUUGAUCAGAGUCAACGCUCUAAGUUUGACCAAGACAAGAGAGAUGGGGAUUUUGAUAUUUAUGUGAAGUUGCAUUUUGACAUAAGGUUUGGGCUUGGUGGUUUUAUAUUUAAUAAUAUUAAGUUUAUUAACUCAAAAGCUACGGUUAAGUGUGGGAUUAAGGUUCCUUUGAGUGGUUCUAAUGGGAAAGUGGUGGGUGCUAGAUUUGAGCCCAAGAAGUGCAAGGUUAAUGUCAAGUGGGUUUAGA